AUGGGACAAACUGUUGAGGACUUUGCCUGCUCCCAGUGCCCAUUCAUUGACACAGAGGAAGUGAAUCUUCACCAGCACAUUGAGAAGGUUCACCCAGGGGAGCUCAGCAGGACAGUGGGGUCCCAACAACCUCCCAGCAACACACAUCAGCACCCCACCCCCCCUAAGACACUCCCCACCUCAACACAGUCCCACACAGGCAGUCCAGGGGCCCAUACUGGGAAGGGCUUCAGUUCUUUGAAGAAACAUCAGCAACCUCAUCCAGGGAAACACCGAUACCAAUGUUCCCAGUGUGGGAAGGGUUUCUCUCGGCCAAGUGUUUUGAAGCAACACCAGAGAACUCAUACAGGGGAACGCCCAUACCAGUGUUCCCAGUGUGGGAAGAGUUUCUUUCAGUCAAGUCAUUUGAAGCAACACCAGAGAACUCAUACAGGGGAACGCCGAUACCAGUGUUCCCAGUGUGGGAAGGGUUUCUUUCAGUCAAGUCAUUUGAAGCAACACCAGAUAACUCAUACAGGGGAAUUCCCAUACCAGUGCUCCCAGUGUGGGAGGAGCUAUACUGAUUUAAGUAAUUUGAAGCAACACCAGAGAACUCAUUCAGGGGAAUGCCGAUACCAGUGUUUCCAGUGUGGGAAGGGUUUCUCUCGGUCAAGUACUUUGAAGCGACACCAGAGAACUCAUACAGGGGAACACACAUACCACUGCUCCCAGUGUGGGAAGAGCUUUAGUCAGGUAGGUCCGUUGAGGCAACACUACAGAACUCAUAAAGGGGAACGCCCGUACGAGUGCUCCCAGUGUGGGAAGAGCUUUACUCAGUUAAGUUAUUGGAAGCAACACCAGAUAACUCAUACAGGGGUUCUCGACCAGGCUUGACACGGUGCUUGAUACUAUUUAGCUUUUUGGCAAACUAAGCAGUACGUAUACUUUAGUGGUCGGAGAAGGUGAGCAUUGCUAGGGUGAAUGGCCUGUUCUCACCAUUAUGUUAUAUUAACUAUUUGUCUGCUCAGAAUGUAGGAAGAGCUCCAGUCAUUGAAUCCUUACAUUUCAGAGAGAAAUGGUAGAUUGUCGCAAUAUACAAUAUGUGUUGAGGUUAAAGUACCUUACAUGAACUUUGAAGUCCAAGUGAUCUGAAGGGUAUUUCUGCCAAGUGAAUAGCAAGAGGCUUAGAGCAACCCGAAAAUGUCUAAAACUGCAGAAAUAUCAGGUAUCUGGGAAAAAGUUGUGGUGGUUGGGCAAUCCGAGGACCACGCUUACUGCUUAACUAGGCGCACACACACCUGGACGGCCGUACUAAUCAGUCCAAGAGUGUUCCAUUGCACAGUAUGUGGCUGAGACCAGGAACAUGCAGGAGAGGAGAGAGACCAGACGCAAGAGGGCUGAAAAAGCUAUGCGAGUCGCAAGCUCUGUUUCGUUUCUUUUUUUUGCCUUUGUUUUUUUUAGUUUAUUAUUUUUAGCCUGGUACCCGUAAGGGUGCAGGGUGAGGACUUAAGACUUUUGUUUAUUUUUUGUUUGGAUGUACACUCUGCCUCUCUCCAGCUUUGACUGUGGUCAGAGAAAUGCAGGUGCAUUCCGGAGUUUCCGUAUCCUCCUGUGUCCUGCUCUUCUGUUCUCCCAGGGGUGUCACGGCAUGUGACAAAAGUAUUAUGACACUGAAAUGUUUCUUUCCGUGUUGUAAGUAAAAAAAAAUUCACAGGUUAUACAGCAUUAUUUUAUCUGUCCCUAUUCAACAUAGCUUGUUAUCUUUCCGAUAAGGACUGGCUGAGUAACUGUAAGAGGCGGACACUAAUAUCUUCAGCUCCUCCAGGCUUUGUAUGAGGCCUGAUGGUGGGAAACAAAGUUUUACUUUUCUACCUAAUGAGGUGGUUAUCCUUUGUGCGGACACAUAUUUCACACUGUUGCACAGUCUCUCUUAUAAUGGCGAUAAGGGAUCACUGUAAAUAAUGCUUAAACACUAAUAUUUUGUAAGGUGUUGACUAUUGGCAGGUGUUCUCUUUCUGCAGAAAU